AUGGCGCUGCAGAGUGCGGGGGGAGCUUCGCUGCCCUUCUGGGGCGGGAGCUACAGCCCCCUGCGGUCAGCGACUCUCGCGGUGGAAGAGCGUGAUGAGACGUCGCCUCGGUCCAGCCCCAGGGCUCGGCCCGAGUCUGCGGCCAGCCUCCCCUCCGCCGGGGGCGCCGCGGCCGCCUCCUUUUGGGCCACAGAGACCCUGCAGGAGGAGAACCUGGCGCACCUUGAGGGCGUCGGCUGGUGGCAGAUGCCGCUAUGCUACUUCUUCGCGCUGCUUCUUUGGGCCAUGCUUUUCCUAGCGUAUCUGCGGAGCGACAACCGCGCAGCGGCAACCCUAAGACUGGUGCUGUUGUGGUAUGCCGCGUUCCUGGUUCUGGUUCCGCUCGGCUUCCUGAUUGCGAAGGCGAUCAUGGGCUCCCGCAUCGCCAACGGCCUCAAGGCAUUGAGCGAUUUCGUGCUGAAGAUGGAGCUGAAGGUGGAACGGGCCUACGUAGACUUCAGCCAGGGCCUCAUUUGCAUUGACGCCCUGCAGCUGAAGAAUCCCCCGGACCGGGAGUGGCGGUCGCCUUAUUUGAUGACUGCCAAGCGAUGGAUCCGGUGCCGGGUGCUCUUGCGGGACUUCGCCCUGUCGGGGUUCCGGCAGCUCACCAUCCAAGAGCUCCACGUCUCGGGGGUGGAGCUCAUCUACGAGAAGACCUUCAACUCCUCGAACCUCAACGAGGUGCUAACGAAGAUCGGUGAGAUCAAAGACAACCUCAAGCCUCCGCAGAACCGGCCGCCGGACUUGACGCUACGAGAGGUCUGGAUUGAGGAGACAUCUUCCUGA